AUGCUGCUGACGCCCCAAGAAAGGUCCACCUCAAAGAAAAGGACUGGACUGAAUGGCUGGAAACGGUUCACAAGAAAACCGAGUCCCAAGCCUACCUUUGACCCUGACAAUGUGGAACAGUGGAUGAAGAGAGUAGAAAAAGCCUCAGACUUGGCAGUUUCAAAAGCAUUUUCUGCUGGAAAUUCAGUUUUACCCAGAAGGCACUGGAGCCAAAUCAUAAAUUUGGAAACAUCUGAGCAAGUAAAGGAUCAUGAUGAAGCCUAUGCAGAAGCUCAGAAGCUGGUCAGCGAUUGGCUCGACACAAAACUUAAGCAAGAAGUAGCCAACAAUGGAGCAGCUUAUGCUGAAGGCACUGUGUCAUGUGUUGCUCCUUGGCCAGAAGCCAGUGGCCUUUUGAAAUAUGACAGGUUUGAUGAUUUAUGUGCCUACUUGGAGGAAGAAGAGGAAAGUACCUCCGUUCAGAAAUUUAUAGACCAUCUGCUCCAUAAAGAUGUGGUGGAUUCUGGGAUAUUGGAAGAUCUUGGAAUGAAGGAAAACCAAGACAAGCAGCAGCAGAAGGAUCCUCAUCUUACCAUGGAGAUGAGACAUAAGCAGGUGAAAGAAAAUCGCUUAAGACGCGAGAAAGAACUACAGCGCCAUAGAAUGGAAACAGCCCUGAAAAAAUCAGCCUUCUUAGAGGCUCAGUGUUUGGUGCAGGAAGAAAAGAAAAGGAAGGCUCUGGAAGCCAAGAAAGAGGAGGAGGAGAUUCAAAGGGAGAUGGUAAAGCUGCGGAGAGAGAUAAUUGAGAGGAGACGCACUGUGGAAGAAGCAUGGAAAACGGAGAAGAAAAAACAAGAAGAAAAUUCUCAAAGGAAGCCAGAAAAAGAUGUGUUUGAAAGUGUUCAUACUCCUCUGGAUGAAGAAAAAUUGGCAAAAGAAAGAAAGAGAAAAGUAAAAGAGUUGUUAAUCCAAAUUUCUAAGGAAAACCACCAGUGUCAACAGCGGUAUUUCUCUGCCUGGCACAAGCUGAUUCUUGAUGGUAAGAUUAAGCUGGGGAAAGCUGGGAGCCUGUCUGACUGGAAGUUUCAACUAAAGAUCCUUCGAGCCUGGAGAGACUACACAAGAUCUCAGAAGUUGGAGCGGGAAACUCAAGCCAUGGAAAAUGAUCUUAGAGAAGAAAACAGAAAACAACAAGUGGCCACUGAAUAUAACCGGAAACAGGUUCUCCAACACUACUUUGCAGAAUGGCAGCAUCGGCAUGAUGUAGAAACCCGAAAGAGAGAACUGGCUCUAUCCAAGGAGGAAACCAGGAGAAAAAUGGAUGAGCUGCUAAAGGCAGCAUCACUAGGGAAACUCAGUGCAAAUGGGUCUUCAGGCACAACUAGUCUACCUGAUGAGACUAUAGCCACUGUGGAGCCAUCCAUAGAUGAAGAGGUGACUCCUGUGCCCAUCUUGAGGGCAAAGCCUCCUCUGGGGAGCACUCAUUGUAUGCCCAGUCCUCCUCUAGGAAAACCAACAAAGAGCACCUUGAGAGUUCCACUUCAGAAUGUCCUUCUUAACACAUCUGACAGUAAGCAACCCAAGACUGUGGAUGUGGAAGCCUCACAACAGCCUAGCAGCAACGAAAAGCUCGGAACCACCAGCCAGAAAGCAGAGCCCAUUUGCAUGGGCCAUUUCCACAACCGCCACAUCUUCCAGCAACAGCUGAUUGAGAAGCAAAAGAAGAAACUUCAGGAACAACAGAAAAUAAUUCUGGAGCUGAAGGAAAGCCAGAGGCUGGCAGAGGCUCGGUGGGCAGCAGAGCAUGCCGCAGCAGUCACAGAUACACAGAGCCGCCUGCUGUCAAAUCCCAGAGAAGAGAAACCCAAAAGAACAUGCCAGAUGCUUCUUAAUUCACCUGCUGCUUCCCCAGGGACUGAGAACAGUAGAAGUGAAUCUCGACAUUCUCUUUCUGGACCCAGAAGGCAGCCAGUACAGCCGAUGGCGCCGCAUCCCAUACUGAAAGCCAUGGAAGAGAGAGCAAUUCAGCGAGCUGAACGUAGGCGGAUCUUGGCUGAGAAGAAGAGAAAACAAUCAGAGGACAAAUUGGCCCAAUUAAAGGCCCAAGAGGAGGAGCGUCAGAAGAGGGAAGCAGAAGAAAAGGAGGCUCAGCUUAAAAGAAAACGAGAAGAAAAGAGACUGAAAAAAAUGAAAGAACUAGAGAAGCAGAAGAGAAUUGAGAGAAACCAGCAGUUGGAGGCAAUAGCAAAAGAACAUUAUGAAAGGGUCGUGCUAAGAAAAAAAGGUUUGGAGCCUUGGAAGAUAUUGAGAAUGCAAAGCAAACAAAAUAUCCAGGUGGCUGAAGAACAUCACUCUUUGACAAUACAAAGGAAAUGCCUACUGACCUGGUUCCAGUGUAGUCAGGAAAACCUGGCUAGAAAGGCAGCCCAGGCUGAUCACUUUUAUUCCCAAAUGUUGCUUCGGAGAGGAAUGUGGAGCUGGCUAUGGUACCUGGCUGAUGUAAAGGAAGAAGUAAGAAAACUUUAUGCGCAUUUUCUCCAGAAGAAAAUUUUCAAAGCCUGGCUUACCAUGGUCAGGGAGGCCAAGAUGGAUUCUCAGAGCAAGUACAGGAUUGCAGAGGAGCACAGUGAAAGGAAGAUUUUCAGGACCACAUUUCAGACAUGGAAGCAGUCUGCAAGAUUUAUGAAAGAGGAAAGACUAAAAGAAGAAAGGAGAGAACACCUCCGUAGGAAGGUGGCUGAAAUUCUCCCAGACUUUCAGAUGCUGGCACCUCCGUGA